AUGGUGGAUGUCUUAGGACUAACAAGGGAUUUUGAAAGCCCAAUCGAUAUAGUUGUGAAGCGGCCCAUCAUUCCGCAGCCUCUUUGUUCUUGUGAAGCGGCCCAUCAUUCCGCUGCCUCUGUUCUUUGUGAAAUUGGCACUCAUCUCAACUCUCCGGCAACCGUCAUUCGUCGCAGAAGGAAGGAAUCUGGUUUACCUCAACGGAAGCGACAAAAAGUGUCGGAGCCGGUGUUGACAGAUGAAGAGCGUUUACUCUUUAACCUAAUACGGAGCAGGGAAAACAUAGGGAUAUGGACUGGAGAUAUGAAAAGAGAAACAAACCUUCCUACUACUGUGGUCAAUAAAUCCCUGAAGACACUUAUAGCCAAGAAUAUGAUAAAGGAAGUUACUACUAUUCAAAACAAAGGUAGAAAGCACUACAUGGCAAAAGAAUUUAUGCCUUCCGAGGAAAUCACUGGUGGUCAUUUUUAUAGUGAUGGGAAACUUCAUGUCAAUUAUAUUAACAGUCUAAAAGACGCGUGCUUGAAAUGCAUUUUCAUGCAGAAAGUUUCCACAUGUGAUGGAUGUGUGGAGUGGAUUAAAAGGAGCAGCGGGGUCUUUAAUACUAAAGUCACAACAAAACAAAUGGAAGAGAUUUUGCAAACUUUGGUUUUGGAUGAUGUGAUCACGCAGAUGAUAAGUACUGGAUAUGGCGAGUUUUCAUCUAUUACUGUUGGUAAAACCUGUUACAUAAGCAAAAGCAAAGGCGGAGUUAGAGGGGAAAAGAAGACUGCUGACAUGACUUCCUUUCCAUGUUUUUCUUGUCAAAGAAUGAGCUUUUGUUCACUAGAUGGCACUAUCUCUCCAGCAACAUGUGUCUAUUAUCAGAAAUGGUUAGAUUUCUGA